GAAAUGGAAGGGGAAACGAUUUUAUAGCAGUCAGUGAGAAGCAGCAUUACACGAAACUUAGGUUGUGCAAGGAACUCAAAAGUUUUGGAUAAGUUUUAUGCGGAGGACGAUAUUUUACCUCUAUCAAGUAUCCCCCUAUGUAAUCACUGUGUUUGUGGUAUUCUUUUCUUUUUUUUUUUCACUUCAGUUCACACAGGUUUUGGAUGUCAAAAAAAUUGGGUUGGCGAGUUUGCUUUUGUUAUCUUUCUGUCGCAUCACACUGGGCUGUGAUGUCAUGUUCUCAAUCGCUUCUGUGUUACAGGUUGUUCAAUGACAAUGCUCACACGAUUUCACGGAGCCGUCACUGUUCUCUUUUCUUUUUUUUCUCUUUUUUUUUCUCUUCUUUCUCUUGAAUAAUCAGCUCCAAUGGGGAUCACAGG